AUGCAAAAGGAGUGUCGACUCCAACAUGAAAAUAAAGGGAUAAAUUAUCUGUUAGAAUCAGUUAAAAAGAGAUUAAUAAGUGGGUAUGAUGUAUCAAAAAUUUCUGACAUGCAAGCUCUUACCGAUAUAAUGGUGAUGCUUUGUAUAUGUCUAGCUGAACUCAAAACCUUAUGUAUAGUAGCCAAUGGGAAGGUGACUGGCUAUGUAAAAAAUAGAAAUCAGGAGGAUCUUCCCCAAGUAUUUAGAUCAAUGGAAAAGAGUGAAGAGCGAGCUAGGCAGCUACUUUCUUGGGUGCAGAAUGCAAUUUCAUCAAGACAGUUAAGAGAUCCAAGUAUAGCUGAGGUUAAAUGGUUAAAUACAUUCCUUAAGAAUCAUGAUUUAUUACCAUGCAAGAUAGAGAUAGUAUUUGUGGUAGUGGUACAUGAAGCUAAGAAUUUAUCAAAUGCUAUAACCAUUACCAGUGAAGCACUUUGGCACAGUCCCGAUAAUAAUACUUCACCGGUAUAA